AUGAACACCAACGUGUGCGUGGAGAGCGGCCCCAACCCCGAGGCGCCGGGGCUGCCCAAGGACAGCCACCUGCCCGAGGGGGCCCUCAACAGCCUUGUGGAUUACAACUCGGAGAUGGAGAGGUACCGCUCCUUCGCCACCUUCUACAAGACCAACGGCGGCGCCUUCCCGCAGGCGGCCAAGAUCGCCCGCAUCACCACCCCCAUCUUCCCCAGCGCCGCCGCCGCCGCCGCCGCCCGCAUCGGCAUGUCCCCCUGGAACUGCGACACCGCCACCGCCGCCGCCGCCACCGCCAUGCUCUGGGGCAGCGGCGGCGGCGGCGGCGGCGCGGCGAGGAAGCCUUCCUCCUCCUCCUCCUCCUCCUCCUCCUCCUCGUCCUCCGCCGCCGCCGCCGCGGCCGCCGCCGCCGCCUCGUCGCUGCACGCCGGCAGGGGCAGCAUGCACCACCGGAGCGACUCGCAGCGGCUGGGCAAGCCCGGCUGCGCCCCCGGCGAGCAGCCGGCGCUGCCCAUGGCCAACAACAACUUCCUCUCCAGCCUGGCCCCCGAGCACUGCCGGCCGCUGGCGGGCGAGUGCAUGAACAAGCUCAAGUGCGGCGCGGCCGAAGCCGACAUCAUGAACCUCCCCGAGCGCGUCGGCACCUUCUCGGCCAUCCCGGCGCUGGGCGGCCUCUCGCUGCCGCCGGGGGUCAUCGUCAUGACGGCCCUGCACUCCCCCGCCGCGGCCUCGGCCGCCGUCACAGACAGCGCCUUCCAGAUCGCCAACCUGGCGGACUGCCCGCAGAGCCACGCCUCGGCCGCCCCCGCCUCCGCGGCCGGGGCCGGGUCGGGGAACCCCGCCAAGAAGAAGCGGAAACGCUGCGGGGUGUGCGUGCCCUGCAAGCGGCUCAUCAACUGUGGAGUCUGCAGCAGUUGCAGGAACCGCAAAACGGGACACCAGAUCUGCAAGUUUAGGAAAUGUGAAGAGCUUAAGAAAAAACCUGGCACUUCGCUAGAGAGAACACCUGUUCCCAGCGCUGAAGCAUUCCGAUGGUUCUUUUAAGCAGUAGUGUAUCUUAUUUUCAAGGCAGUCCGAAGUGAAUGGCAAGCUAAAGUCUUGUUUUAAGAAACUGCUUAGUCCACCAUUGAAGAAUAUACUCAGAUACUAUUUUCAUUUCUGUAUAGGGGUUUCCUCAAAAGCAAAAGACAAAAAUCUGGGAGCCUGGGGAAUUGGCUGGCUUAUUCACAUUCAGUACACUGAUUCUUUCUUUGAUGUAACUUAGCUAUACUAGUGAAGUUGUUGUCUAUUUUUAAAGUGGCUGUAAAAAAAAAAAAAGUUUGGGUAAACCCCUGCUAUAAAGUCAUGUAUCUUUGAAAAGUAACAUAUCUAUACUUCAUUUUCAAAUAUAUGUGUUUCAGUACUGUAAACUGUACAGAUAGCUGCUUGUAUUCUGUGUGUUUAGACACAAGGAGACAAUCAUGUCUGAGCAUCUAUGGAGAUUAACGGUUUGUACACAACAGUGUGGUUCUGCGA